CUCUGGGGUUGAUUGUAAUUAAGCGGGAGAUCGAGAUGCUGGGGAGAGCGGCUGCGUGUCUCAAGAGCUGGUGAAGCGAGUUGAUUAUGUACGAGACAGUGCGGAGACGUCCCAUGCAUGUAAAACCAGCAUAUAAUGAUUCACGUAUUGGAGUAAACCUUGCCUUGUCUCUUCCCGCAAUGUAAUACAUCCCAGGUCAAGAUGGCAUCAGACCAAGAACGGGCAGAGCCCAGGAAGCAGUUCGAGAGCCAGCUUGGCGCUGAGGCGUUCCAUGAGGGCUGGGCGUCUCUGCUGUCGGUCGACCCCCGGUUCUUCUCUGCGAGCCUGUCCUUGGCCUCGGUGCCGCGGCGGAAAUCUCAUCUUUCGCGCAAGAACCAGGAGUUGAUCUCCCUGGCUGUCGACAGCGCUGCAACGCAUCUUUACGCGCCGGGCAUCCGCGCGCACGUAUCAGCCGCGCGGAGGGAAGGUGCUAGCGUGGACGAGAUCCUCGAGGUCAUUGAGCUGUCGAGCACCCUGGGGAUCCAUGCGUGCAACAUCGGGGUGCCGUUGCUGGUCGAGGUGCUGAAGGAGGAAGGGAAAUUCCAGAAGGAGAUCACCCGCCCGUUCGACGAGAAUCAGGAGCGGCUCAAGAAAGAUUUCACCGAGAAGCGGGGCUACUGGCAUGCCUUCUGGGAAGACUUCCUCAGACUGGAUCCCGAGUUCUUCGAGGCCUAUUUGGACUUUUCCAGCGUGCCCUGGACGAAACACCUGGAUGGAAGCGGUUCCGAGGGGAGAGGGGCGCUAGAACCAAAGAUGAAGGAGCUCGUCUACUGUGCCUUUGACGCAGCAUCCACACAUCUGUAUGUCCCCGGUCUGAAACUGCACAUGAGGAACGCGCUGGGCUACGGGGCCACACCUGGAGAGAUACUCGAAGUACUGGAGCUUGCCACGCUUCUGAGCCUACACACGCCUCAUGUGGCAGCGCCCAUCAUUGAGGAGCUGACAUCGACUGCUUGAUUAUUGGUAUCAGUUUGCUGGCUUGGAAGCCG